AUGAAAGCAUUGCUAUAUUUUUUCCUUUGCUCUGAGUCGGCUGGAGGAAGCGCUAGUCGAAAAAAGACUACAAAAUGCAACACUCUGAGUCCAAUUGAGUCUCGAGCAGGUUUGACUUCCGAGUGCAGUAAAGUCAACGGUCGUCAAAGAUGCACCCUUUCUUGCGAAACAACUUGGUUCGAAACCGCGGAAAAUGACCUCAAAGUUGCAUGUAAAUGUAACAAGGAGUCUCACUGCUUCUGGAGUUUUUUGAACAAAAAUGUUCCAAAAGAAAGUCGCGUGCUCACCGAUUUGGGGAAGCUUGAGGAGUACUGUCCGAUUCCCAAUGACGAAAAGGACGAUUUUUCGGAAUAUGAGUCGAGCGAGUAUGAGUCGGAUAGCUACGCUUAUGAGGAGUCAGAAUCAGAGGAAGUCGAAAAAUUUCUGAAAGAUGAAGAACAAGCCAACAACAAUCGACAAACGAAUCAACACUUAGACGCAGAAAACGCCCUCGAUCGAAUGCUUGCAAUCAUGGAAGACCAAGAAUGCGGCUCCGAAAUUCGAACUGAUUGGCAGAAAAUCACGAUUGCAGCUGGUUUCAUGUACCCCUGCCUCGAUUUGGUUUCCCCUUCGAUCUUUUUCGCAAGUCGAAAUAAACUUGCAGAAUGCGAGGCUGGUGACUUGGAGCGUUGUUGGAGCAGCUUUUUUGUUAGCUGGAUUGUUGGCGCAUCGCUUUUUUGGAUCGCUGCUUGGGGACUUUCAUGCGUUGCCGCUAUUGUUUUUCCUCCGCUUAUUCCAGCGUUUCUCGCUUCGGCAUCCCAGGCGUUCCAGAUCCAACAUAACCAGGAUCCAGUUUCAAGAAUCGUAAGUUCUUCUGCUUUGAUUUCUGCUCAAGAAAAUCCCCUUCGCCGGUACCGCCGAAAUAUUGACGAAACUUUCUGCCAAGGGCAAGCGAACAACGGCCACUACGAACACUGUAUCUGCCAGAAGUUCUACCACUGCUUCGAGCACGACUCUACUACUGUUAAAGAUUGCGGACCGGGGACUGUUUGGGAUCAGAGCUUCUUACGAGUGUCCUACAGGAACAACGAGCACAACCAGCACUACUACAACAACUACGACCACUACCACGACUACAACCUCAACCACAACAACGACAACGACCACAACGACAACGACCACAACGACAACGACCACUACUACUACAACGACUACAACUACCACUACUACAACUUCAACAACUACAACAACAACCACGACAACCACAGCAACAACAACGACUACUUCAACAACAACAACUACAACAAGUACAACAUCAACAACAACGAGUACAACUACAACAACGAGUACGACUUCAACCACAACCACAACAACUUCUACCACAACAACAACUACGACAUCAACUACGACAACAACAACGAUACGACAUCAACCACCACAACAACCACAACCACGACAACAUCAACAACGACAACAACUUCAACUGUUACCACGACUUCUCAGCAGACAACAUCUUCGACCGAAAAUCGAGCCAACAUCAUCUGGUGGAUUCUCAACAAUUUUGGCCAGAACUUCGACCUUUCUCUCCUCGAAAACUAUGGCUGCGCAGGUCGAGAUCUCUUCAAUGUUUUCAAGAAAAACGUGGGCCAGCCGGUCGAUGCGGUUGAUAGAGCGAUCAACAAGUGGAAGAAGUGUUCUCAGUGUGCGAUGGACGUGUUUUUCAGCGGUGAAAUUGAGACACCGGGGUAUUUAGAGCCAGUAAAUCAAGUUUGUGCUUCUGGAACUGAGCUUGAAACGGCCAUUUGUGAGUGCGAUAAGCAGCUUACAAUGACCUUCCUCGCCCUGAAAGACGAAAACAACGGUCAACUUGACCUCUCCAAUGCAAAUUUCGAUGUUGAAAAUUGCGUCCACGGCGGAGCCGGAGUAGGUGGAGAGCUCUUCUGCUGCCAGAGAUCGUCUGGAAGCUUUUCAAUGUACAAAACUGGUCGAUUCUGUUGCGAAGAUAACAACCUUCAUGCAGUUGGAUCAUGCGAUCAAGAUGAAGGAAUUCAAUUCUUUGAGAAAAUUUCUAUUGUAUGA